UUCAACAUGAGGAAGUUUGCAGUGUUCGCUGUUCUUGUGCUCGCUGUUCUCCGUCAUUACACGGAAGCCUCCGACUGCGCAUGCGCCAAGGGAAAUGUGGAUCUUCGUGGCGCCGCUGUUCUGAGCUCCGCAGUUGUUGGCUCCCUGACUGCCGGUGACUGCCUGCCCUACCUGGGCGACACCACAACGGCCGACAACCUUCUGUGGCUGCACCUGGACCUGGAGAGCCAGGAUGUGUGGGCUGCUGCAGAUCACCUGGACCUCCGCGUCUGUGAAGAUGUUGGUGAUCUUGAGCUUUCAGCGGAUAUUGGCGAAGUUCCAGAGGGUGUUGUAGAGAACCCAGAAAAUAUUUCGUCAGUUCCUGAGCGCAUCAAAAGAAGCACUCUGCAGUUGCCCGGAUGUCCUACAAUCAUCACGCGCGCCCAGUGGGGGGCUCGUCAGCCCACUGAAUACAUCGGCAACAUGGCAAGAACACCGUCCUUCAUCUUCAUCCACCAUGGAGCCUCGGCUUUCUGCAGUUCUCGAACUUCAUGUCAGAGCAUCAUUAGAGGCUGGCAGAAUCAACACAUAGGCCAAAGUUACGGUGACAUCGGCUACAACUUUAUGGUGGGCGAAGACGGCAAUGUUUACGAAGGGCGUGGAUGGAGUAAGAUUGGGGCUCACACUUAUAACUACAACUUCAAUGGGAUUGCCAUCUCCUUCAUCGGCAACUUCCAGUCUCGCAAUCCCAACCUCGCUGCACUCAACGCCGCUCGUCAGUUAAUUAACUGCGCGGUGCGCAACGGCAGGGUCACGAGCUCCUACACCCUCAAAGGUCAUCGGGAUGUCAGGAAUACCGCUUGUCCUGGAGAGACGCUGUACAGGCUGAUACAGAGCUGGCCCCACUAUGUCUCUGGAUCCAGACUUUAUGGCUGAGAACAAGGUCGCAGCACUUCAUGGAAUUCUAAUUUCGUUUUGUUAGUUUCUUUCUCCCUAUAGUCAAGGACGCAGACUACAGUGUAUCUCUAGUUUGAUUAAAUUUCAUAACGAGAUUACAGGAUCAAAUGAGAAAAACGGAUCACGAUAAAUAAACCGUGGACACAGCGAUGUAAAAUAUUUUCUUACGGCUCAUUAAACACACACACACACGCACCUACACACACAUACACAUAGGCACGCGCGCCCAAAGAUGAGACAGCUUUUAUAAGAGAGCUUUUUUAAUCAUUUAGUUAUAUUAUACAGAUUUUAAGCUUGCCUUUUGAUAAUAAAUCAUUGAAAGCAAUUGCGAUAAAUGCAUAUAUGGUUAUAUUUUGAACGAUUUGACCAAUAAAUAAAUGCUUUU